AUGCAUUUACAGUCACGCGGAACGGCGAAAUCUCUCGACUCGCUUGUGAGGCUCCCGCCCAUGUUUGGCGUCUUCGCCGCUCGCCUCGCGCGUCUCGCGCACUCGGGGUCGCCCGUCGCACGAUGCUGCCUCACGCCGCCUCGCGCGCGUUCGCGCGCGCGACGUCCUCGAACGUCGCGGCCGCGAGGCCGGUCUCCACGCUCACGCAGAUCCUCGACGGGAGCAUCUGGCGCGCAACUCAAAUCGCGCAAGGGCAAGCUCGUCGGCGAGGACGAGCUCGGGAACAAGUACUACGAGAACAUGAACUACCAGAGCGGACGGCAUCGUUGGGUCGAGUACGAAAACAUCGAAAACUACGACUACAGCGCGAGCUCCAUCCCGCGCGAGUGGCACGGGUGGCUGCAUCACGUGGACGACGAGCCCGGUCUGAGCGCGCGCACCGCGCCCGCGUACGAGGUCAAGUUCAUCCCGGGCGGGGACACCACGGGGGUACCGGACAAGAUGUACGUCCCGAAAGGUCACUUCCUGAACAAGCGCGGGAUUAAGAAUUGGAAGCGGUACACGCCGUGGUCGCCGCCGUGACACGACGCGACCGACGACGAACGUCGUGGGACCGGAGCCCCGUGGUCCGUUGUAAUACGAGUAUACGAUAACCUUAUGAAUAAAUGAGACGAUAACGAACGAAC